CCGGUGCACUGGAAACUCCCGCCAUUUCGGAAAGGAAUUAACCUCUUGAUUGAUCCAGGCUACUUUUGUUUUUUUUGGUGUAAAUCAGGUUACCACAGGUAUCUGACAGGGAGAAGCCGGGACACAGCGAGCCAGCAGCGGAGGAACCGGUGGAAGGAACGCGGGCCUGGAUCGCACACACCCGGGACAGAGCAGCGCGCCAGACCGCCCGCCGAGCGAAGCGUCGUUGCCGCGAGUUUGAUUUCGGUUUGGAUCGUGUGGCUCUUCCUGGAAACCCGGAGAUAAAAGUUCACCAACUCUCUCCAGAGGCCAGUCCAGCUGUUUACAUCCCAGACUCAGCGUGGAAGCCCCCGCCACACAGCUCCAGGAGGAGAGGAGCAGGAUGCAAUGAGGCGGCGGGCACUGUUAUUGUUUUGCAACGAGAUAGCGAUCCAGCCUGCUAGCUAGUCGGCUAGCUGCUACACGCUGGGUGCCGGGCCUGCCGGCGGUAACGUGAGCCGUGCUAACGUGACUCGGGACGUUUGGAUACAUGCUAAGGACAAAUUGUAGUAUAUUGUUGCACUGACUCGUUGAUAUAAGUUCUGGUGUUAACGUUGGCACCCGUGCCAGCUGUGAUUUUGAGAUGGCACCGCUUUUGGGCCGGAAACCCUACCCGCUGGCUAAGCCGCUAGCCGAGCCACCAGGCCCGGGAGAGGAGGUCUACAUCGUCGAGCACAGCAAGGAGGCCUUCAGGAACAAAGAUGAGUAUGAGGCACGCUUGGAGAGGUACAGUGAGCGUAUCUGGACAUGCAAGAGCACUGGAAGCAGCCAGCUGACGCACAAAGAAGCAUGGGAGGAGGAACAAGAAGUCACCGAACUGCUUCAGGAAGAGUAUCCCCAGUGGUUUGAGAGGCCUGUCCUGGAGAUGAUCCACCACAACACUGUGUCUUUAGACAAACUGGUGGAAAUGGCCUGGGUUGAAAUCCUAACCAAGUAUGCGGUUGAUGAGGAGUGCGACUUCCUGGUGGGGAAGGACAAAAGUUUGCAGGUGAAGGUGGUGAAGAUCCACCCCCAAGAAAAUCCAGAGGGCGAGGCGGGGGAGAAGAAGCUUGAAGGCGCCUGCGACUCUCCAUCAAGCGACAAGGAGAAUGCAAGUCAGGAGAACCAGAGGAAGGAGCCUCCUCCCAGAGAGGACGACAACAGGAGGGAAAGUCUCAGUGACAGAGCCAGACGUUCUCCAAGGAAACUUCCCUCUGCCAUGAAGGAGGAAAAGAAGAGGUGGGUUAUGCCCAAAUUCCUUCCUCUGAAGUACGACGUGAAGCUCAUCAGUGAGGAGAAGGUGAUCAGUGAUGUCCCUGUAGACAGUCUGUUCAGAACGGAGCGCCCUCCAACAAAGGAGAUCAUGCGCUACUUCAUCAGGCACUAUGCGCUGAGGCUGGGCAUGGGUGAGAGUGCUCCCUGGGUGGUCGAGGAUGAACUGGUGAAAAAGUUUAACCUGCCAAGCAAAUUUAGCGACUUUCUUCUUGAUCCACACAAGUUUUUAGCAGAAAAUCCCUCUGCGAAGCGUAAGAGCUUGACAUCUCCAGAAGGUAAACUUAGCAAGAGGCUCAAGAACUCUGAUACGCCAGGAGAGGAUUCAGGAAGUGAGAUGGGAGAGAAGAAAAGGAAAAAGAAAGAUGCUUCGGGCCUGCCCCUUAGUCCCACCAUCUGGGGCCACAUGCAGAAAAUAAAAAUGAAUGGCUCACCGCUGAAGGUAAAGAACUCAGGAAGUCCAAAGAAAGGUGAAGGCAAGGGCUCUGCGCCCUCUACUCCCAAAUCAGGCAGAAAGUCUGGGGACAAGAAAGAAGGAAAGAAAACCGCAAAGAGCGGAGAUAAGAAGCUUGGUGUUCUCAAAGCUUCUAAAAAGGAUGGCAAAGCUGGUGGCAAGACACCGAAGAUGAAACAGAUGACUCUGCUGCAUCUGGCUAAGAGCACCUCUGCAGGGAGCCCGAAGAAGAGAGUCCGAAGCACUGGCAUGGGUUCACCUAAACUGGGGAAGCCGCUGCACCCCAUGGCUCUUCACCUCCUCCGCUUCUAUAAGGAGCAUAAGGGAAAAGAGGACAAAAAAACUACCCUCUCCUCUCUCGUCUCCAAGGCUGCAAAGACCUUAUCGGCAGAUGAUCGCGGCCGUCUCCCGGAGGAGCUCAAAGAGCUCGUGCAGAAACGCUGGGAGCUUCUUGAGCAAAAGAGACGCUUGGCAGCCAUGAGCGAAGAGGAAAAGCAGGAAGAGAUGAAGAAGCGACGCAAAGAAGUCAAAGAGAAACUGCGGGAAAAGGCUAAGGAGAGAAGGGAGAAGGAGAUGUUGGUCCGCCGCGAACAAUCACGUCGAUAUGAGGACCAGGAGAUUGAAGGCGGCCAAACCCUGCCGGUGUUCAAGCUUGUUGAAAUGCCUGAGGGUUUGCCCAACACCUUGUUUGGUGAGGUUGCCAUGGUCGUGGACUUCCUCAACUGCUAUGCGGGGCUGCUGAUGCCGGAUGACCAGUAUCCCAUCACAGCUGUGGCUCUGUUGGAAGCGUUGGCUGGGGAGCGAUCCGGCUUCCUCUACCUGAACCGCGUGCUCGUAGUGCUGCUCCAGACGCUGCUGCAGGAUGAGCUGGCCGAGGGCUACAGCGAGCUCGAUAUGCCCUUAUCUGAGAUCCCUCUCACCAUGCACUCUGUGUCCGAGCUGGCCAGGUUGUGUCUGCGCCCCUGUGAUGCUCAUGGUGAGGAAAGUGGCCAGGGCUCCGAGGGCUCGGGGCCCAUGGGGGGUUUUGAUGAUGUGGUGACAAGCGAGUUCCUGGAGAAGCUUGGGACAAUUGAGGUGUUUGAGCUGGGCCCCGAAGAGAAGGUCAGCCUGCUGGUGGCACUUUGCCACCGCAUCCUCAUGACCUACUCAGUGGAAGACCAUGUCGACGCAAUGCAGCAGCGGUCGGCUGAGCUGUGGAAGGAGCGUCUGGCCAUGCUGAAGGAGAUCAAUGAUCGCAAGAGGGCUGAGAAGAAUAAGCGGAUGGAGGCCAAAGGUGAGAAGAAAAGAGAUGGUGUUCUUAAGAAGGAGGUCAAAAAGGAGGUAAAGGUGGAGCUGGAGUCAGAGGACAUGAUCAGCUCAGUGAAGAGCCGGCGACUGAUGUCUAUGCAGGCCAAGAAGGAGAAGGAGGAGAUGGACAAGCAGAACAAAGAGCGCAUGGAGAAGGAAGCUGAAGAGGAGCGGAUGCGUAAACAGAGGGUUUCUGCAGAGAGAGCCUUCCAGGAGGGAAUCACAAAAGCCAGACUCAUACUGCGCAGGGCGCCACUGGGCACAGACAGAAAUCAUAACAGAUACUGGCUUUUCUCAGAUGUUGUUCCUGGUCUCUACAUUGAGAAAGGCUGGGUGCACGAAAGCAUUGACUACAACUUCACCCCUCCACUUGAAGAAAAACCAGCUGAGCCUGAAGUGGAAGAGGAGGAGGAUGGCGAGUCAGCCACUACUAAUGAAUCGCAAGGAGCUGAAGGAACUGAAAAGGAUGAUGGCAGCAUAGAUGGUGCUAUUAGUGAAGGAGCCCAGCAGGGGGCGGCACCUGACGUCUGUAUAGAAACCACUGCUCCCAAUCAGGGACAGAAUCUCUGGUUCAUAUGUGACAACACAGCUGAGCUUGAGGAGCUGGUGGAAAGUCUUCAUUGUCAGGGGGCCAGAGAAAGCGAACUGAAGGCAAAGAUACAAAACAGGUAUCAGGACAUUAUCCACUCCAUCAAUUUGACCCGCAAGGGCAAAAUUGGCCUCAGGACUUGUGAUGGCUUCGAAGAGCUGCUGAAAUACCUGCGCAGUGACAUCCAGGAGGUGGCUUCACGGCUCCAUAAGGGAGGUCUGGGAUACUUGGAGGACAACGUAGACAUCGAAGAACAGUUGAAAGACACAGAAAGCUUGAAAGACUUUGGCGAGUGCAUCAUCACCAUCCAGGCCUGUGUAAUCAAAAAGUUCCUGCAGGGAUUCAUGGCCCCCAAGCAGAAAAAGAAGAGAAGGCAAGGAGGCGAAGAAAACAGCAAGGCAGAAGAGGUUGAUGAGGAGAAGAGACUGGCAGAGGAGGCCAGGGUAGCCACGGCGGUAGAGAAGUGGAAGACGGCGAUCCGAGAGGCCCAGACCUUUUCCCGCAUGCACUUGCUCCUGGGAAUGUUGGACGCUUGCAUCAAGUGGGACAUGUCUGCUGAGAACGCUCGCUGCAAAGUCUGUCGCAAAAAAGGUGAGGAUGAGAAACUGAUCCUCUGUGAUGAGUGCAACAAGGCCUUCCACCUGUUCUGCCUGCGACCGGUACUCCACCGAAUCCCUGCUGGAGAAUGGCGGUGUCCCGCCUGCCAGCCCACUGUGGCCAGACGCGGCUCUCGUUCAAGGAACUAUAAACAAGACACAGAUGAAGAAGAGGAUGAGGAGGAGUCUGAAGAGGAGGACUCUGAUGAAGAAGAAGAUGACGAGGAGGACAAUGAUUACAAAGCCAUGGGUCACACCUUGAGACCAAGGAAGAAAAAUAAGCAGUCCUCGUCUCGACAGAAGCAUUCAAAGAGCAAACCCAAGACACCGCCGUCUUCUAGCAGUCAGAGCAGCAAACAUAGGGCUGGCCCCAACAGCCCUGCAGACAUCGACGAACUGGUGCGACAGAGUUCCCAGUCAGGCGUGCGGAGGCAGGCGAAGGAGCUGGAGAGGUGCGAGGAAAUCCUCAAGAAACUGACCAAGUUCCGCUACAGCUGGCCUUUCAGAGAUCCUGUAUCCACAGAGGAGGCAGAGGACUACUUGGACAUCAUCUCCCAGCCCAUGGAUUUCCAGACGAUGCUGGGAAAGCUCAGCCAGGGGGAAUAUCGUCACGGCAACGACUUCCUGGAAGACAUAAAACUGGUCUUCUCCAACGCAGAGGAGUACAACCACCAGGGCAGCACCGUGCUCUCCUGUAUGGUCAAGACGGAGCAGAGCUUCACAGAGCUGCUCCAAAAGCUGCUGCCGGGUCUCAGCUACCUCCGCCGCCGCUCGCGCAAACGCAUCAGCCAAGCUCCUGCUACAUCCGAAGAAGAAGAAGAGGAGGAGGAGGAGGAAAAAGAAGAAGAAGAAGAAGAAGAGGAGGAGGAGGAGGAAAAAGAAGAAGAGGAUGAAGAGCAGGAAGAGGAGCCAAGGAAGAAGAUGCAGAACGGCAAAUCAAACAGGAAGAAGCCCAGAAACGUACGAGGACAGAAAGAUGAGGAAAGCGAGAGCGAUGACGACGAUGACGACGGCAGGAGGAGAAGUAAGCGCUCCUCUGCCACCUCAGGCAAGAAGGAUUACAGGGAGGAGAACAGCGAUGGCGAGCGGGACACACGGAGAGCUCGUCCGCGGGAGGACCGGUCCAGCCAGCAGCAGCGACAUUCCAAAAGGCAGAAACGCUCGUGAAGUCCAGGGUGUUUUUUGUCGUCUUCUUUGCUUUAAAAAAAUAAUCUGUCCCGCUUCAGACCCCCCCCCCCCCAUCUUCUCCUCCCACAGCCAGCGGGGCUCAAUCCUCAGAAAGACGUUUUUUUUUGUCUUCUUGUAUUUUUGUUCAUAUUUUUGAACGAGGACAAGAAAACUGAUUUAUAUUUGUAAUGUUUAAUAUUGGUGAUGUUUUUGUUCAACCAAGAAAAGAUGACGGAGACGUUUUUAUAGCUCUUAAGACUAUUUGAUUUGACCUCACACCAGGACAGUGUAAUCAGAGCUUCAUUCAUAGGCUACAUCCACUCUACCACGUUUUCAUUAAAUGCCUCAACACUGCUACAGAUACGCCUGGCGUCCACAAUACUCAGGAGUUUUACCGCUGCUUAAGCCGAAGUUUUAGUUUGAAAACUCUGGCGCUGCAUUUUCGUCUGGACGGGCAGAAACAGGGAUGUUUGGAAACGAUGACGCAGACAUUUGUAGAUUGGGUCUUUUCAGUCACAAGGUAGCCCUUGCUAAUUCGUCUCCUAUCACAUGACCCGCAUCCGGAAGAAAACGGUGAAGAACUAUUACAAUCAUAGCUGACCCUGUUGUCUUUGCUAACAGCUGUUGUGCAGCUUAAUUCUGCAUUAGUACAAUGAUACAGCUGCUGACGAGCUAUUAUUGGAGGAAACCGCAACAUUUCCCGUGUCCAGCAGCACGCGGAUACCCAGUGUACUUGAGUGGUCAUGUGAUCUGCAUUGUCAGGCGGGUUAGUAUGGAUGGAAUUAAAACUUAUUUGGAGCCAAAAUGCUUGUGUGGAUACAGAUUGCUUUCGUUUGAAAACGUAGUGGAUGUAGCCAUAGUCCAGUUGUAGAAUGUUUUGUCGCACUCACACCUUUGUUACCUGUCAGUGUGUUUCACUCACCAACAGUGUUUCUCGGUUAAAGAGAUGCUGUCGAGGUAGCUGAAACCCUCUUUCUUGGCUUAGAAACAGCACUGACCUCUACAAAACCACGUCACCUGUAAAUCGCUCCGCCUAAUCCUCUUGCCACCAAGAUCAUCUUUGGUCAAAUGCAAGUGUAUAGAUAAACAUGGUAGAUAUUACUAGUUGUAGUAGUUGUUUUCCAGCUCAGACUCAUGGUCAAAAGCUGCGUCGAGACUGCCGAUCCCCCACGUAGUCACAUCACUUAAAUGCUAAAAAUAGAAGAAAAAAAAUCACCCCAGCUCUUUGUGCCAAGAUAGUUGGGGUUUUUGUUAAAAAGUGGGACCCGACUGUAGUUUUUGUCUUGGUGCGUAGAGCGGACCAGCCUUUUCGUCCUCUGUAGUGGCCUGCCACUAGAUAAAGAACCGGUACCUCAAUGCUCCGUCACUUUGCACUCUUCUUGUGUAAAGUGCUCCUAUUAUGCCAGCAGCUGCAGGACCAGAUUUUAUUAAAAUUGUGCAUUGACAUUUGUAAACUGUGUUUAAAACAACAAAUGUUAUGUUUAAGAAAAAUGGGCAUUUUUUUAGAAUAUUUGAUAUUUUUUGCACAUUUUAUUUGGUAAUGUAAAUGAUAAACUUGUUGAUCUUAGUCACAUCCAGUAAAAAGUGCCAGGUGUAACCUCAGCUCUCCUAGUCGACACAGAGAACACUUCAGAGCUAUUGUACUUUUUGUUGUCGCAGCAGAAGCUGUCACGUGCUUGUACAUUUUGUGACGAACACCUAAAUGACCCCAUGUCCUCAAACUGAACGGGUUGAAUCAGCUCCUUAGAGGUAAAUGAAGGGUUUUCCAGCAAGUCCUGGUUCGUUCACCAGGUGGUGCUGUCCUCCUACUCUUUGUACCAGCUUCAUCCGCCUCCAAUGAUGCUGCUGUGUCACCUGACUGCCACUGUGCUAGUGCUAGGUUUUUUUGACUCCUCAGCUUGUUUGCUUUUGUUGUUGAAUCAACAGUCAUAAGUUAAGUGUGCAUCAUCGGCGGGGUUGCCAGCAGAUUGAUGAGGCCGUGGUUGAUUCCCCUCUUCUGUCUGGUCUGUACUGUGCUGUUCUCAUGUCUUUAUCUAGUGCUGUUAUCAUCGAAACUUCACUGAUUUCCUGAUUUUAUUUGCCCACCGAUUGCGCCCCCUUCCCUCUAUUUGUUUAGGUUCAGCUUUGCUCCUGACACGAUUAACAAUUGAUGCAUUCACUGUUGUGAUUGUUGGACAUUUCAACGAACAAAAAGGUGACUGCCCCCUUCUCUCUUAAAACGAGACCUGACUGUAAAUGCUUUCUUAAUUCUUGGAGGAACUGCUAAAGUCUUUUUACACUUCCUUUUUUAUAUAUAUAUUUAUAGUCUCUAAAGUUGGGUUUGGGCAGUUUCGGAGGAUUUACAAUGUAAAGAAUUUCCAAUAAAGGCUAUGGACGAAGACUAGUUCUCCCUGUUUUAUUUUGUGUCAAGCAUCCCCAGGUCAGUCGAAGACGUGACAUCACUGCCAUCUGUAAAAACUUGUGAAAGACAAUGAACAGGGAGGAAAACGGGCUCUCGGUGACCACCAAGUGAUGUCUAAUUUUGCUUUCUAAUAAAAUAUCAAACAGAUUUC